AUGACACAACCUGCUGUUAGUAAACCUUCAUCUUAUGUUUAUUUCCCAGCACACCAAGGCAAAGUCGCUUCAGGAGUUUGCGUGACAUCUUCACACAGAUCACUUGGAUCAAGUACUUUUAUUAUACAUCUUAUACAUACAUUUUCCCAGAAGCGAAAAUCCAACCUUAAAUUGAAGUGUUAUUUUCACAACGGCUGGAAAAAUCCGCGCUUACUAAUUCAACCAAUUAAAUCAGAGGAAUUAUGCGAUUCUCCUCAUGUAGUUCGUUUCUAUGACGUGCUGUCGGAUCGGGACAGCGAGGAGAUUAUAAGAUUGGCUGCACCUCUUAUGUUUCGAUCUGGUGUCACUGGAGAUGACGGGGCAAUUAAUGAUAACCCAAUGGAAAGAGUUGGUAAAAACGCCUGGCUUGACAACUCUCCUGUAGUAAAUAACUUUAUGACAAGAGUUGCCGACAUUACUGGUCUCAAUGUUGGAGCGGAAAUUUAUCUUCAGGUUGCAAACUAUGGAAUUGGUGGUCAUUUUGAUCCUCAUAUUGAUGAAACUGGUGGGUAUGAAAACAUCAUGGAACGGCGCAUCGCGACGUUUUUGACCUACUUUAGUGAUGUUGAGUACGGUGGGAACACACCUUUUGUUUACCAAGAAGUAGUUGCCGAACCGAUCAAAGGGAGUGCGAUUUUCUGGUACGAUGUUUUUAACGACGGAAGCGCCGACGAAAGAACAGAACACGCUGCGUGUCCAGUUGUAUUAGGGAACAAAUGGGCUGGAAACUUGUGGCUCACCUUUGGAGAUCAAACCUUUACAAAACAAUGCCCUCUAAAUAAUAAGACGCCCCGCGAAUACCGGAUAUUCUAGUUACGCUGCUUUUUAUGCCAAUGUAUGUCUGAAUGAUAAAUAUAGGCGAAUCCAUUUUUUCGCGGAUUUUGUUGACUGUUUAUUGAGGCGUGAACAAAAAUCACGUUAUUUUUUGGGCCUUUUUAUUGAAGCGUGAACCAAAAUUACCAAUUCUCUCGCAUAAUGACGUCAUUGUCAAUCUUUUUUUAUGUAUCUCUGCUAAAAGUAACACUUCUUAAAGAAGUCCGUCUCUCACGAACCGAUUCAGUUCAGUAACCGUAGACGCAUCGGUUAUGUGUUGGCCGUUUACUUUGCGGAACAGUUCAGUUUAAUGAGAAGCGGCACAAAAAAAAUAACGGUUAAGAAUUAAAGAGGCAUACCUACGAAAAAUCAAUGUUUUUUUUUCUAAAACAGAAAUGCUAUAUUUAUGAUGUAAUGAUACCAAAAAAGUUUUAAAAACGAAACAAUUUUAGACUCCCGUGUUGGUAUAUAGUUCACGAGUUGGUUGCAGGUGAGCUGCAGUUGACAUCGUUUGCGCUCGCGGGUGUCUAAUACCCCUUAGCGCGUCAGUACUCGCAGCAAGGACAAAGUUAUAUACACGCAUAAUGACACAAGCUUGUUAUCUGCUGAAGGAGGUUUUUU